AUGCUCUGCAAAUCGCUCGCGGCCGACUCGGCGAUCUCCGCCUUUGAUAUGUUGGCCAAAGUAAAAGCCGUAAAGCCGUACAGGCUCGUGGCGAUGGAUGCGCCAGACCCGCAAAAUACGAAAAUGGGUGGACGGUGGAGGUACGAGUAA